AUGGUGCACAGCUUCCACCCCUACGCUGCUGCCUCUGCCAGAUUCCGGCAAAUCUCAUCAGUCCCCUUCAGCCUCCGAAAGAAGAAGGCAUGGUGGUCAGAGAUAUACGAUCCGGGAUCCGAAACGGUGACGCGGUGGAACCACAUCUUCUUCGUGAUCUGCAUCAUCGGCCUUUUUCUAGACCCUCUUUUCUUCUUCCUUCCCAUCAUCGGCAAAGAAGGCUGCAUGGAUGUCGACCUCAAAAUCAGCAUCUAUGUCACCUCCAUCCGCACAAUGGCCGAUUUGUUCUACAUUUUUCAAGUCCUCAUCAAGUUUCGCACUGCCUUCAUUAAGCCUGGCUCUAGGGUUUUCGGCCGCGGCCAGCUCGUUACUGACCCUUGGGCCAUUGCUAGCCGCUACCUCCGAAAGGACUUCUCCAUCGACCUAGCCGCCUGUCUACCAAUCCCUCAGAUUGUGAUUUGGUUUGUAAUACCAGCGACGAGAAACUCGACAGCUGCUUAUACUAACCAUACGCUUUCGUUGAUGGUUCUCAUUCAAUACAUUCCCCGAUUCAUUCAGCUUUUCCCUCUGAACCGACGCAUAGCUAAGAACACUGGUGUUGUAGCGAGGACGGCUUGGUCAGGGGCAGUGUACAAUCUUGUUAUUUUCACGCUAACUGCACAUAUUGUUGGAUCGUCGUGGUAUGUGUUGUCGGUUAAACGGCAGUACGAGUGUUGGAGUCAGAAAUGCUUUGACGAACGAAAUGGGACACACUCACCCUCCUGUAAUCUUAAGUUUCUUGAUUGUAAAUUAAAUAGUCCUGAACGCGAUGCUUGGUUGAAGAACACAAAGGUGGUUUCAGACUGCGAUGCUAUAAAAGAUGAGGGGAAAUUUACUUUCGGAAUGUUUAAAGAGGCGUUCAACAAUGACGUCGCUUCUGCAUCCUUCAUUAAUAAGUAUUUCUAUUGCCUUUGGUGGGGUAUGAGAAAUCUAUGUGCAUAUGGACAAGACAUUGAAAAUAGUACUUACGUUAGUGAGACCUCGUUUUGUAUUGCCAUUGCGACAAUUGGCCUCGUCUUGUUUUCGCAUCUCAUGAGUCAGAUGCAGACUUUUCUGCAAUCUACGACGGCUAGACUUGAAGAGUGGAGGGUCAAAAGAAGAGACACAGAGGAGUGGAUGAGGCACCGGCAACUCCCACCAGAGUUGCAAGAACGCGUGCGUCGGUUUGUUCAAUAUCAGUGGAUUGCCACAAAAGGUGUUGAUGAAAAAGCCAUCUUAAAUGCCUUGCCUUUGGAUAUACGACGUCAAAUUCAGAGGCAUCUAUGCCUUGCCCAUGUUCGCCGAGUGCCCUUCUUCGCGCAAAUGGAUGAUCAGCUCUUGGAUGCCAUAUGUGAACGCCUCAAGUCAUCCUUGAACACCAGAGACACGUACAUAUUUCGUGAGGGUGAUCCGGUGAGUGAGAUGCUUUUCAUUGUCAGAGGGGAACUCGAGAGCGCCACGACUGAUGGUGGAAGGACAGGGUUCUUCAACUCCAUCACCCUAAGAGCCGGUGAUUUCUGUGGCGAAGAGUUGCUGACAUGGGCCUUAGUGCCUUCAUCCAGUCUAAACCUUCCGCUUUCAACUCGGACUGUCAAGUCCCUCACUGAAGUCGAGGCAUUUGCACUCCAAGCUGAAGACCUCAAGUAUGUUGCGAGUCAAUUUAAGCGCCUUCACAGCAAAAAACUGCAGCACGCGUUUAGGUACUACUCCCACCAGUGGAGGACUUGGGGAGCUUGUUAUAUACAAGUAGCAUGGAGACGGUACAAAAAGAGAAAGCUGGCAUUGGAUUUGAUAAAAGAGGAGGAGUACUAUUACACACAUGUUCUGGACCAAGACCCUGACUAUAACAAUGACUCAUCGCUGAGUAGUGCGGCAGAGCAGUUGCACAUUCCACUCGGGCCUGCAAUUUUGGCUUCCAAGUUUGCUGCAAACACCAAAAGAGGACUUCGCAAGGUGGCAACACGGCUUGAUCAUGAAGCAACGAGCAGUGCCACAAUGCCCAAAAAGUUGUUUAAGCCUAACGAGCCUGAUUUCUCAGAAGAUAGCUAA